GCUGUUAUUUCCGUUACAACAACAGAUGUCGGCGUUAUAGCGAAACCCAGAUCUCUUCCUCUCCGCCCGCGACCAAGAGCUUCUUUCCGAGGAAGGGGAGGAGGAGAAUUUUCAGCAAAAAAAAAGGGGAGGAGGAGAAUGCCGAAGCUCUAUGCGGAGGCGGCGGGGGCGGCGCCCGUCUUGAACCGGAACACGGAGUGGGUGGUGUACCCAGGCGUGUGGACGACGUACAUACUCCUCAUCUUCUUCGCCUGGAUCGCCGUCCUCUCCCUCCUCCGCUGCUCGCCCGGCGUCGCCUGGACCAUCGUCAAUCUCGCCCACUUCUUCGUGACGUAUCACUGCUUUCAUUGGAGGAAGGGAACUCCAUUUGCUGAAGACCAGGGUAUCUAUAAUGGUUUAACUUGGUGGGAGCAGGUGGACAAUGGCAAGCAGCUCACCAACAAUAGAAAGUUUUUGUCUACUGUACCAGUGAUCCUGUACCUGAUUGCCUUACAUACGACGGACUACCAGUAUCCGAUGCUCUUUCUCAAUACACUUGCUGUGUUUGUGCUGGUGGUUGCCAAGUUCCCUAACAUGCACAAAGUCCGUAUCUUUGGAAUUAAUGGAGAUCACUGAUCUAUGCCCUAAGAAUAGGGUGUGCGAUUAUUUUCUUCAUGUACCUUCAUGGCUGAAAGAAAAUGGAAGUUUUGGGUUUUGAUAAGGGAUGCUUUGCUCUCAGUGCUGCAAUUCUUCUUGCAUUAUUGUAUAUUAGGUUAAAAUAAAUAACAAAAACAUAUACACGAAAUCGAUUGAGCAUUGGCACAAAGUUUUGGCUUUUGCAGGAUGGAUAUUAUGCAGUUAAUGUUGCAAAACUCUCUCCUUCAGCAUUUGUUCAAGAGAUAUUUGUUGUUCAGCUGGUGUUGCAACUAUUCUUCCUCCCUCUCUGAUCCAUCUGUUUUCUUCUUGUGUUUUAAUUCAGACAUUUAUUUCCCGAUCCAA